CCCCGGGACCCCCGGACCCCCGGGACCCCCGAACCCGCCGGCAUGGCCCGCUGGAUCCCCACCAAGCGCGAGAAGUAUGGGGUCGCCAUCUACAACUACGAGGCCGUGCAGGACGUGGAGCUGUCCCUGCAGGUGGGGGACACUGUUCACAUCCUGGAGAUGUACGAAGGCUGGUACCGAGGAUACACGCUCCGGAAUAAAUCCAAGAAGGGCAUUUUCCCAGAAACUUACAUCCAUUUAAAAGAGGCCAUCGUGAAGGACCGGGGGCAGCACGAGACGGUGAUUCCCAGCGAGCUGCCCCUGGGCCAGGAGCUGACGGCCACGCUGCGGGAGUGGGCAGUGAUCUGGCACAAGCUCUACGUGAACAACAAAACCACGCAGUUCAGGCAUGUCCAGCAGCUCACCUACAGCCUGAUAGAGUGGAGAUCCCAAAUCCUGUCCGGGACCCUGCCCAAGGAUGAACUGGCUGAGCUCAAGAAAAAAGUCACAGCCAAGAUUGAUUAUGGCAACAGGAUCCUGGGUCUGGACCUGGUUGUCCGAGAUGACAAUGGGAACAUCCUGGACCCCGAUGAGACCAGCACCAUCUCCCUCUUCAAGGCCCAUGAAACUGCAUCCAAGAGGAUUGACGAGAGGAUCCAGGAGGAGAAGUCCCUGCAGCAGAGUUUGGACCUCAGGGGACAGCCAAUAUUCAACUCCACACACACUUACAGCCUCUAUGUGAACUUCAAAAACUUUGUCUGCAACAUUGGGGAAGAUGCAGAGCUGCUGAUGAGCCUCUAUGACCCUGACCUCUCCAAAUUCAUCAGUGAAAAUUACCUGGUUCGCUGGGGCAGCAAUGGGAUGCCUAAAGAAAUUGAGAAACUGAACAACCUCCAAGCUGUGUUUACUGACUUGAGCAGCUCUGACCUGAUCAGGCCCAGGAUCAGCCUGGUGUGCCAGAUCGUGCGGGUGGGGCACAUGGAGCUGAAGGAUGGCAAGAAGCACACCUGGGGGCUCCGCAGGCCCUUCGGCGUGGCAGUGAUGGACAUCACCGACAUCAUCCAUGGCAAGGUGGACGACGAGGAGAAGCAGCAUUUUAUCCCCUUCCAGCAGCUCAGCCAUAGGGAAGGGGUUUCUCCUCUUCCUGGGGAAGAAAUUCCAACCCCAACCGAGUUCUGCAUUUCUGCACUGAGAGUUCGACUUUGUCUCUGGGUGUCCCUGAAGCUGCUCCCUGGGGAUCUGGCUCAGGUUCAGAAGGAUUUUUCUCACCUUGUAGACAGAUCUACUGCAGUGGCUCGAAAAAUGGGUUUCCCUGAGAUCAUCCUUCCCGGUGACGUCCGCAAUGACAUCUACGUCACCCUGAUCCAGGGGGAAUUUGACAAAGGCAAGAAGAAAACCCCCAAGAACGUCGAGGUCACCAUGUCUGUGCACGACGAGGACGGGAACCUGCAGGAGAAAGCCAUCCACCCCGGGGCUGGCUACGAGGGGGUCUCGGAGUACAAGUCUGUGGUGUAUUACCAGGUCAAGCAGCCCUGCUGGUACGAGACUGUCAAGGUGGCCAUUGCCAUAGAAGAAGUCAGUCGCUGCCACCUGAGGUUCACCUUCCGCCACCGCUCGUCCCAGGAAUCCAGGGAUAGAUCUGAGAGAGCUUUUGGCAUGGGCUUUGUGAAGCUGAUGAAUGCAGAUGGAACGACGCUGCAGGAUGGCAAACACAAUUUGAUUAUUUACAAGGGUGACAACAAGAAAAUGGAAGAUGCCAGGAGUUAUUUGACUCUUCCUUGCACCAAAACGGAGGUGGAGGAGAAGGAGGCUCCCUCAGGGAAAAACCUGCACCCUCUGGCCAACUUCACCCCCACCAAGGACAGCACAAAGGACAGCUUCCAGAUCGCCACUGUCAUCUGCUCCACCAAACUCACCCAGAAUGUUGACCUGCUGGGUUUGCUGAACUGGCGCUCCAACGCCCACAACAUCGCCCACAACCUCAGGAAGCUCAUGGAGGUGGAAGGAGGAGAAAUUGUGAAGUUUUUGCCAGACACCCUCGAUGCACUUUUCAACAUCAUGAUGGAAAUGUCAGAAAAUGAAACCUAUGAUUUCCUGGUGUUUGAUGCGCUGGUAUUUAUUAUUUCUUUGAUUGGAGACAUCAAGUUCCAGCAUUUCAACACUGUGCUUGAGACUUACAUUUACAAACACUUCAGUGCAACCCUGGCCUACGUGAAACUCACCAAAGUCCUGAACUGCUACGUGGGGAACGCUGAGGACUCCAGCAAGACAGAGCUGCUCUUUGCAGCCCUGAAGGCCCUGAAAUACCUGUUCAGGUUCAUCGUGCAGUCACGGGUCUUGUACCUGAGUGUUUAUGGGAAGAGUGAGGAUGGGAAUGAAUUCAAUGAUGCAAUUCGCCAGCUGUUCCUCUCCUUCAAUGUCCUCAUGGACCGGCCCCUGGAGGAGGCUGUCAAGAUCAAGGGGGCAGCUUUAAAAUAUUUGCCCAGCAUCAUAAAUGAUGUCAAGCUGGUAUUUGACCCUGUUGAGCUCAGUGUCCUCUUCAGCAAGUUCAUCCAGAGCAUCCCUGACAACCAGCUGGUCCGGCAGAAGCUGAACUGCCUGACCAAGAUCGUGGAGAGUGACCUGUUCAAGCAGGCUGAGUGCAGAGAUGCCCUCCUGCCCCUGCUCAUCGAUCAGCUGAGUGGGCAGCUGGAUGACAACUCCAGCAAGCCCGACCACGAGGCCAGCUCCCAGCUCCUGAGCAGUGUCCUGGAGGUCCUGGACCGCAAAGAUGUGGGUGCCACUGCUCUGCACGUGCAGCUGAUGAUGGAGCGGCUGCUGCGCCGGGUCAACCGCACGGUGAUCGGGAUGAGCCGCCAGUCCCCGCACAUCGGUAUUUUCGUGGCCUGCAUGACAGCCAUCCUGAGGCAGAUGGAUGAUUUCCAUUACAGCCAUUACAUCAACACCUUCAAAACCAGGCAGGACAUCAUUGAUUUCCUGAUGGAAACAUUCAUUAUGUUCAAGGAUCUGAUUGGGAAAAACGUGUAUGCAGCUGACUGGAUGGUGAUGAACAUGAUGCAGAGCAGGGUUUUCCUCCGGGCAGUGAACCAAUUCACCUCCGUCCUCAACCGCUUCUUCCUGGAUCAAGCUAAUUUUGAACUCCAGCUCUGGAAUAAUUAUUUCCAUUUGGCAGUGGCCUUCCUCACUCACGAGUCCCUCCAGCUGGAGACCUUCUCCCAGGCCAAACGCAACAAAAUCAUCAAGAAGUAUGGGGACAUGAGGAAAGAAAUCGGCUUCAAAAUCAGGGAUAUGUGGUAUAACCUGGGUCCCCACAAAAUAAAAUUCAUCCCAGCAAUGGUGGGGCCGAUCCUGGAGGUGACCCUGGUCCCAGAGCCUGAGCUGAGGAAAGCAACAAUUCCCAUUUUUUUUGACAUGAUGCAGUGUGAGUUCAACUUCAGUGGGAACGGGAACUUCCACAUGUUUGAAAACGAGCUGAUCACCAGGCUGGACCAGGAGGUGGAGGGGGGCCGAGGGGAUGAGCAGUACAAGAUCCUGCUGGAGAAACUGCUGCUGGAGCACUGCAGGAAGCACAAGUACCUGUCAGCCCCGGGAGAGGUGUUUGCCCUGCUGGUCAGCAGCCUCCUGGAGAACCUGCUGGACUACAGGACCAUCAUGCACGAUGAGAGCAAGGAGAACCGCAUGAGCUGCACCGUCAACGUGCUGAAUUUUUACAAGGAGAAGAAGCGAGAGGACAUUUACAUCAGGUAUCUGUACAAGCUCAGGGACCUGCACACAGACUGUGAGAACUUCACAGAGGCUGCCUACACCCUGCUCCUGCACGCCGAGCUGCUCCAGUGGUCAGAGAAGCCCUGCGUGCCUCACCUGCUGCAGAGGGAUUCCUACUGCGUGUACUCCCAGCAGGAGCUCAAGGAGAAGCUCUACCAGGAGAUCAUCUCCUUCUUCGACAGAGGCAAGAUGUGGGAAAAAGCCAUUCAGCUGAGCAAGGAGCUGGCUGACAUGUAUGAAAACAAGGUCUUUGACUACGAGGGACUUGGUAAUCUCCUGAAAAAAAGAGCUACAUUCUAUGAGAACAUCAUGAAGGCCAUGAGACCUCAGCCCGAGUACUUUGCUGUUGGAUACUAUGGACAGGGUUUUCCCUCUUUCCUGAGGAAUAAGGUUUUCAUCUACCGUGGCAAAGAGUACGAGCGGAGGGAGGAUUUUAACCUGAAGCUGCUGACGCAGUUCCCCAGUGCUGAGAAGAUGACCAGCACAGCCCCUCCAGCAGAGGAGAUCAAGGCUUCCCCCAGACAGUAUGUGCAGUGCUUCAUUGUGAAGCCUGUGAUGAACCUGCCACCUAAUUACAAAGACAAACCUGUUCCUGAGCAGAUCUUAAACUACUACAGAGCCAACGAGGUGCAGCAAUUCACUCACUCCAGACCUGUCAGGAAAGGAGAAAAAGAUCCAGACAACGAGUUUGCUAACAUGUGGAUAGAGAGGACAACCUACACGACAGCUUAUUCCUUUCCAGGCAUCCUCAAGUGGUUUGAGGUCAAACAGGUCACAACGGAGGAGAUCAGCCCCCUGGAGAACGCCAUAGAAACCAUGGAGCUGACCAAUGAGAGGAUCACCAACAUCGUGCAGCAGCACACGUGGGACCGCAGCCUGCCCGUGCACCCCCUGUCCAUGCUGCUCAGCGGCAUCGUGGACCCCGCCGUCAUGGGGGGCUACACCAACUAUGAAAAGGCCUUCUUCACAGAGAAAUAUCUCCAAGAGCAUCCUGAAGACCAAGAAAAAAUUGAGCUGCUCAAGCAACAAAUUGCUAUCCAGAUGCCUCUCCUGGCAGAGGGGAUCCGCAUCCACGGCGAGAAGCUGACGGAGCAGCUGAAGCCCCUGCACGAGAGGCUCACAGCCUGCUUCAGGGAGCUCAGGAGGAAGGUGGAGAAGCAGUACGGGGUCAUAACUCUGCCCCCGGCGCUGACCGAGAGGAAGCCGAGCAGGUCGGGCUCGGUGGUGCUGCCCUACAUCAUGUCCUCCACCCUCAGGAGGCUCUCGGUCACCUCCGUGGCCUCAUCCGUGGCCUCCACCUCGUCCACCUCGUCCGACAGCGCUUCCUCCAGGCCGGGCUCCGACGGAUCUACCCUGGAGCCUCUCUUGGAGAGGAGAAUAUCCACAUCUUCCAGAGCUGAGGAGCUGCCUGUGAAAGACGACGGUGACAACAGGAUUAGCAAACUCAAGAGGAAGGAGUGGAGCAUUAGCAAGUCUCAGGUUAUUGUGGAGAAGGAGCCAGAAACAGAACUGACUUCCAAAAUGCAGGGCACGGCAGGGAAGGCACAGAGGCCCAAGAGUCUGCAGCUGGGAGAGAACAGGCUGACCCUGCUGCAGGGCUCCUCGCUGCAGCAAUGCACCCGCAGCCCUCCCCCCAUCACCCCCAAAACCCCCCGGACCCAGAGCUCCCCCUCCUUGCAGGCUGAUGGAUUGCCCACGCCACCUCCUCCUCCACCCAAAAACAAACCCUACGAGAGCAGCACCCCCAGGAACUCCGUGGAGGUUGCUCCACCGCUGCCCAGCAGACGUGAGGCCAAACCUCCCCCUCCACCCCCCAAAACCAGGAAAUCCAGCGUGGUGUCCUCGGAGCAGUGAGGAUUUGGGAUCUCCCCUGCCACUGCACCACUUCCCUGCACUUCUCCUGGGAAAUGCCACCAAGGAAACCUUGUUGGGCCUGGAUUCCCUGCCCUGUGUUGACACACUAACCCAGAUGUCUCCCUACUGGAAUUCUGCCUCCUGCUCUUCUCUGUCCCAAGUUUGUCACUGCUGCCAUCCCAGCAGCUCCUGCCCAGUGGAACUGGGAAUCCUGCGGUGAUCUCACUGCUGAUCUCCUGGGUGAUCUCACUGCUGAUAUCCUGGGUGAUCUCACUGCUGAUCUCCUGGGUGAUCUCACUGCUGAUAUCCCUGCAGGGCACUGGAGUUUCCUGCCUGGGUCAGGGGCUCUGCCCAGCUCGUGCUUGGUUUGGAACAAGAUCUCAUUUUGUGCUUUUGAAUGGGGUGGGAAAAAUCCCUCCUGUGAAUGUUUGAGAUGACAGAAGCUGCACUUUUGCCAGGGCUCGACUGGUACCACCUGCACUGACACCAGGACUUUACUGGUACCACCUGCACCGACACCAGGACUUUACU